CAGCCACGUUUACGUAAGCAACACAGAAACCUUGCCGCCAUGUGCAGACCCUCUCUUUUAUCUUCCCAACGCGUGUCACUCUCUUCUCGUUUUUGUCACUUCGCCGACUCCUUUCAAGUCCCUCUCUCACUGCUUUGCCCAAUUUUGAUCGGCGAACUGCGAUGAGAUCUUCGCUUAUCACCGUCCUUGUCUUCGCCUAAUCUCAGGAUGGAAGGCCCUGCCAUGGACUGGAAGACGGAGGAAUACCCGCCUCAUGAGGGCGAUGACAAGAUGGCUUGGGUUUGGAGCAAAGGAGUUAGUUUGGGGAAGAAGUUUCUUGUAGCAGGUGUUGUAAUGUCUUCUGCACCACUCAUAGUUCCUCCUCUUGUUGUUGUCUCAACUAUUGCGAUGAUCUCCUCGGUCCCUUAUUGUCUCUUCUUGACGAGCUAUGCUUGUACCCAAAAGUUGAUGAACACGUUGCUCCCCUCUUCUGCUUAUGAUGGUGAAAGUGAAGAAUUCGGAGGCGUUGUUAAGGAUGAAUUUGGAUUUGAGGAAGACGUUAUGGAAGACAACAAGCAUGGUCAUGUCGAUGGUGAAGGCAUAACGGGAGUGGAUGAGGCUGAAACUGUGACAGAUAUGGAUAAACCCUCCCCUGUUGAGGUCAAUCCGAUUCUCAUUCAGGUUGAAGGAGAGGAGGUAACUGUAGCAGAUACAGGAGAAGAACCAACCUUUCAAGUAACUGACAUAUUUGUGGCCGCAUAUGAACGCCCUGGUGUCCCGGAGAAUGAGGAGAUGGAGAAAGAGACGAGGAAAUUGAUAGAGAGUAUUAGGGAUGAGGGUCGAACGGAUAAGGUGCAUGGAAGAACCCUUGAGAAAGCUUUACAAGAGGAUGAAAAGCCAAUAGUUUCUAGUGAAGUCAAAUCAGAGAAAGUUGGUGAAAGCAUAGAGGAUCUGCCAGAAAAAAAGGAAGGGCAGGAGACUAUAAACCCUGAGGAAAAGGGAGAAGCUGAUAUACAAAAGCUGGAGGAACAUGAAGGGGAGCAUGAAUCCACAGUAACUGAAACCUCUACCUCGACAGGAAAGGAUGAGGAAACGAUUCCAAGCGAGCCAUUAGACCAAGCUGUAGACGCGCCACAUGGAACCGGGGAAGCGAAACGGAAAAACAGUAAUAAGAAAAAGAGGAAAACCGGACGUUCAGGUGGUGUACAAUGAAGAACAGAUACGGGAGAAGAUCGAUGCGGUGCGGACGAUAGUUGGAUAUGAUGCUGCGAAAGGCAAAACGUGCGCGGAGGAAUUGAGGGCUCUUUACGUUUUCACGGGCGUCGAGCCACCGAGCCCGAUGUCUCCGUCCUUCGACGACAGUGCCGACGUCGCUCAGAUCAGUGAUAGGCUUCGUUUUCUAAUGUCAGUUAUCGGAAUAAAGUAAAAAAGAGUAGGUAGUUCAGUAAGUGCUUUUGUUGGGUUUUAGGACAUGUUUGGUUGUUUUAUUGCAAAACUGAAUUGGAUAUGGUAACUGGUAAGUGUUUGUUUGUGAGUUUUUGAGGUUCUU